GAGGACCCAGAGCCCCCACACAUUAAAGAGGAGCAGGAGGAGCUGUGGAGCAGUCAGGAGGGAGAGCAGCUUCAAGGUCUGGAGGAGGCUGAUAUCACCAAGUUCCCAUUCACUCCUGUCCCUGUGAAGAGUGAAGAUGAUGAAGAGAAACCUCAAUCCUCACAGCUUCAUCAAAGACUAACUGAACAGAUGGAAACAGAAGCUGAUGGAGAGGACUGUGGAGGACCAGAACCAGACAGGAACUCACAUCCAGAUACACAUUUACAACCAGAGACUGAGGACAAGACUGGAGACUCUUCUGAACCUGAGACUGAGGACAGUGAUGAUUGUAGGGAGACCAGAGAACCUCAGUCAGGUUUAAACUCUCUGAAAAAUGAUCAAGUCAAUGAGAAACCAUUCAGCUGCUCCGAAAUUCAUACAGGAGAGAAACCUUUCAGUUGUUCAGUUUGUGGCAAAGAUUUCAGCAAAAAUGGAAAACUGAAGGCACACAGUAGAAUUCAUACAGGAGAGAAACCAUUUACUUGCUCAGUGUGUGGUAAAGCUUUCAGUGAAAAUGCAAAACUGAAGAUACACAUAAGAACUCAUACAGGAGAGAAACCUUUCAUGUGCAGACAGUGUGAUAAAGCUUUUAAAGAGCAUCAGAGUCUAUUGAGGCAUAUGAGAACUCAUACAGGAGAGAAACCAUUUACUUGUGCAGUGUGUGGAAAAGAUUUCCGUGAGGGUGGGACUCUAAAGAGACACAUGAGAACUCAUACAGGAGAGAAACCAUUUAGUUGCGCAGUGUGUGGAAAAGAUUUCCGUGAGGGUGGGACUCUAAAGAGACACAUGAGAACUCAUACAGGAGAGAAACCAUUUAGUUGUGUAGUGUGUGGUAAAGAUUUCAAUGAGUGUGGGAAUCUAAGGACACACAUGAGAACUCAUACAGGAGAGAAACCAUUCAGCUGCUUACUUUGUCAGCAAACUUUUACACGAAGAGCUAGUUUAUACACACACAUGAAAACUCACAAAGGAGAUAACAGCUUUAGCUGCAGUGUUUGUGACCAAAGAUUCACUUUGUAUGAACUUUUCAGAGACCAUCAGUGUGUCAGUGGUCAGUCCUCACAGCUUCAUCAGACUCAAACUGAGGAGAACAGAGAGGCAGAGCCUCCAGCCAGCAGCUCAACUCAACACAUGGAAACAGAGUCUGAUGGAGAGGACUGUGGAGGACCAGAACCAGCCAGGAACUCACACCCAGAUACACAUUUACAACCAGACACCGAGGACAAGACUGGAGACUCUUCUGAACCUGAGACUGAUGACAGUGGUGAUUGGAAAGAAACCAGAGAACCUCAGUCAGGUUUAAACUCUCUGAAAAAUGAUCAAGUCCCUCUCAGGGAGAAACGAUUCACCUGCUCUGAGUGUGGAAAAAGAUUUGGCCUCAAGGGAAAUCUGAAGAGACACAUGCUAAUUCAUACAGCAGAGAAACCUUUCAGUUGUUCAGUUUGUGGCAAAGGUUUCAGCGAAAAUGGAAAACUGAAGGUACAUAGGAGAACUCAUACGGGAGAAAAACCAUUUUGUUGCUCAGUGUGUGGUAAAGCUCUCAGCACUAAUGCAAAAUUAAAGAUACACAUGAGAAGUCAUACAGGAGAGAAAGCAUUUAGGUGCACAAUUUGUAAUAAAGCUUUUAAUGAGCAACAGAAUGUAAGGAGACACAUGAGAACUCAUACAGGAGAAAACCAGUGCACUUGUGCAGUAUGUGGUAAAGAUUUCAGUGAGGGUGGGGCUCUAGGGAGACACAUGAGAACUCAUACAGAAGAGAAACCAUUUACUUGCUCAGUUUGUGGUAAAGGUUUCAGCGAAAAUGCAAAACUGAAAAUACACAUUAGAACUCAUACAGGAGAGAAACCUUUCAGUUGCAAAGUGUGUGAUAAAGCUUUUAAUGAGCAAUGGAGUCUAACAAGUCACAUGAGAAGUCAUACAGGAGAGAAACCAUUCAGUUGCACAACAUGUGGGAAAGCUUUCAGUACAAGUGGCACACUGAAAACACACAAGAGAACUCAUACAGGAGAAAAACCAUUCAGCUGCUCAGUUUGUCACAAAUCUUAUACACAGAGUGGUAGUUUAUACACACAUAUGAAAACCCACAAAGGAAACAACAGCUUCAGCUGCAGUGUUUGUGACCAAAGAUUCACUUUGUAUGAACGUCUCAGAGACCAUCAGUGUGUCGGUGGUCAGUCCUCACAGCUUCAUCAGACUCAAACUGAGGAGAACAGAGAGGCAGAGCCUCCAGCCAGCAGCUCAACUCGAAUUUCCAGCAGCCUCCCCUGCCAUCUGAUCCAACUCACCACCCCACAGCUUCAGACCGGGCAGAUCGAUCCUCACAGUCGCUCCCCUCCAGGUUUCUCCAUUGCUGACUACGUGAGUGUUCAAGACCCCCAGAAGACUGCAGGAAGGCUGGAUACACUGAACUGCUGUCUGAUGCAAAAGCACAACCG